AUGGACACUGUGUCCUCUGUGCUAAAGACCACUCAGCUUGUUAUCCUCUUGCUUCAGGACCCGCUCUCCAUGCCUUCCUCAAAAACCACAAUGGCCACGUUUUGCUUUCUAGCCGCACUGUUAGUAUUCAGUCAUUUUCAUUUUGCCUUCUGUUUCUGCGUGACGGGAUGCUCCUGUACGGAGGACAGCUUUGGGAGGUCUUUAUCGUGUAUGGAAACUGCUUUGGGAUCGAUACCUCAGAACAUCCCUGGAGAUUUCAUAAAAAUCAGGAUUGAGAACUCUCACCUAACUGAAAUACCCCAAAGGGCUUUCUCCACAGUCAGUGCCUUGGAAUCACUAUGGCUGAACUUUAAUGACAUCACCCUGAUGAACAUUAAGAGCCUUGAGGGCCUGCAAAACCUGACAGAACUGCGACUGCAAGGCAACAAGUUGAGAUCGAUACCAUGGACGGCUUUCCAGGACACACCCAACCUUAAAAUCCUGGACCUGAAGCACAACCGGCUAGACGUGCUGCCGGAAUACGCCCUGCGCCACCUGCCUGCGCUGACCUACUUAGACUUAUCCUUCAAUCAGCUUACGGUCAUUUCCCGAGAUGUCUUUCUCAACUGGCCGCGCUACCGCCCACAGACGCAUGGCAGGAGGGAAGACAAUGCGGCUAACGUUGUGCUAGCACUGCACGACAACCACUGGCUCUGCGACUGCCGCCUCAAAGGCUUCGUUGAAUUCGUCAGAUCGGUCAGUCCACCCAUCAUUUUGAUGAACUCUUAUCUGACUUGUUCAGGCCCGGAUUUCAGAGCAGGGAAGUUUUUUCACGAGCUGGAGCUGAAGAACUGCUUGAAGCCAGAAACGUCCACUCUAGAAGCUAACGUCACGCUUUCGCUGGGAGCGAACACGACGUUGAGGUGCUUCGUGAAAGCAAGGCCCGAUCCAGUGGUGCAAUGGAGCUACAGUCUAAAGACCAUCAGAGGAUUUACAGUCUCUCAGUCGCAGGUGGGCGAAGACACCAUCAGCUCUGCCCUGAUAAUCCCCUCGGUUCACCUGGCUGACCGAGGUCUCUACACCUGCACCGCCAACAACUUUAUCGGCAACUCAUCCGUGGGCAUCCAGCUCAACGUCCUGUCCGGCGACACCUCCUUCCCCAUGUCCCCCGCCUUCCCGCUGGCCUCUGCUGAUGAGAACGUCUACAUCGACAUCCGAAUCGCCAAGCAGACCGUGUACGGCAUCACCAUAGAGUGGUACGCAGCGACGGAGAAUCCUGCAGAAACCUGGUUCACGGUCCACUUUGGGCGCUACGAUUCGCCAAAGAAAGAGAUGCUCUACGUCGGCCCAGGAAUCAACAGCUACUCUGUGAACGACUUGCUACCGGUGACCAAGUACGAAGUGUGCGUGUCUCUGAAGAACCAGCCACCUCGGCAAGAGCAGUGUAUCGUGUUUGUGACCGGAAGUGGCACAAAUGAACUGGAACAGCGCGAGAGACUCAUUCACAUCAUCGUGAUCGUUUGCGCCAUGGUGCUGGCUGUCCCUGCAGGAAUGUACGCCUGCACCACGGACACCAGGCUCGGCUGCUUCGACCGCUGCACAGAGCUCUGCAAGAGACGGAAGAGGGAAGCCAAAGGCCUAAAGCUGGGCGACAGGCAGGGAACCUUCGACAGUCUGCAGGCGGCCAGCGACGAAGGACUCUGCAGAGAUUCUGGCGAAGAGAUGAAAGCGAGGAGGCGGUCCGAAGACAAAAUACAGAAGGGCAACAGCGCCCAGCUGUACUAA